ACUUAGUUACAGAAGAAGCUCGCCGAGCAAUUUUCGAUUUGUGCCAAAUCCCCAAAUCUCGACUGACCUUCGCCGGUCUCCUCCACCAAGGGAAGAAAAUGGGCAGAAAAGCUGGCAGUUUAUCCAUCAACCCGAAGAAAUUUGCGAAUCUUCAAAAACCGUGCAUGAAAGAAAUGAUAACGUUUCUUAGUUGUCUGUCUUUAAGUCAAGGCAACGAUCAGAAGUGCAGUCGGCAAAAGUCGAACUUGAGCGCCUGCAUGGAUGCUCAGACAAGCAAUAAACGAAAGCCUUUGGGUAGCAUUAACUAUCACCUUCAGCGGCUUAACAGGGGAAGAAAGUAGCUGUUAUUUCAACCGGUUGUAUUAAAACGGUGACCUGCAAUAAUAGUCGUUUUGAGUGUUUUUCUUUUUUUAUAUGUGAGAGGGGGCAGGAUAUUAUUAUUGUGAUUCGUACUGCGUUUUUCCGUUUUUUUUUUUGUUUCGAUCCUGCAAAUGAAGAAAGCUUUCUUGAAUUUUAAGACCGCGUAAAAAGUUGUAUUUGCAGGAAAAAUUCGUUUCCGUGAAAUUCUGAUACUGUCCCUAGGGGAAGUAUCGUAACAUGUAGUAGGAUACUUGUUGACCCUGUUUUGACACGAUAACUGCAUUGUUUCACGAUUA